UUUUGCAGUUUGCCGACUCUGACAUGCGAAAUCCCCAAUUCAUAUCUAAGAAAACCCUAAAUUCUUAAUUUUCUAAAAUAUAUUUUUCACUAUUUUAUUAUAAUUAUAAUAAUUCAAGCUCAUAACCAAUCCCAGAAAGAAGGAAAAAGGAAAUGAGCAAUUUGAGGACAGUUUGUAGACCGCACAUGGUGUUUUCUUCGUUGAUGUGUAGUAGCAGGCUCCUCCACCUCCAUCAAGCUCGAUCCAGAACUAGGGCUUCCUUUCGAAACCCUGAUUUCAGGUCGUCUUCGUUCUCUCCGUGGUUCCAUGUGUCCAGAAAUUUGAACAGGAAGGAACCUUGGUUUCGGAUCAAUCAGAGGAGUGCUGCCGUUAGGGCUUCGAAAUGGUCCGACCAAAAAUCUCCCUAUGAAACUCUUGAGUUGGAACGGGAUGCUGAUGAAGAACAGAUAAAAACUGCAUACAGACGUUUGGCCAAAUUUUAUCAUCCUGAUGUCUAUGACGGUAAAGGGGCUCUUGAAGAAGGUGAAACUGCUGAAGAAAGAUUCAUUAAGAUUCAAGCUGCUUAUGAAUUGCUCAUAGAUGUGGAGAGGCGAAGGCAAUAUGACAUGGAUAACCGUGUCAAUCCAAUGAAGGCAUCUGAAGCAUGGAUGGAGUGGCUUAUAAAAAAGCGAAAAGCUUGGGAUCAGCGUGGAGAUAUGGCUGUUGCAGCUUGGGCGGAGCAGCAGCAGCGAGAGCUGAAUCUUCGUGUCCGCCGUCUUUCUCGUUCUAAGAUAGAUCCUGAUGAAGAGAGAAAAAUUUUGGCAAAAGAGAAAAAGGCAUCGAUGGAACACUUCAACAAUACUCUCAAGCGGCAUACCCUUGUGCUAAAGAAACGAGAUUUGAUGCGAAAGAAAGCCGAAGAGGAAAAGAAAAAGGUCAUAAGUCAGCUUUUAGCUGCAGAAGGCCUCGAGCUUGAAACAGAUGAUGAAUCUAAGUAGAAAAUGUUGUACAUAUGGUCCCCUUCUAAAUUCUUUAUGUAGCACCGCCUUUGAUCCCCCAUAGACAUGCAAAUUACAGUACUUCUUUGCUUAAACGAAAGGCAAAAAGAGAAAAUGUAUAUAAAAUUGUUCCAAGUUAAGAAAGAAAAUGUUAUUCCUGGUU